CUUCGGGUCACCAGUACCGGGGACCAAUUCUAAACCCGACCCACACCAUCGUCACUCACAUACCGGAUUCGCAACUCCCCUCCAUGAUUAACUCUCUCAUGUUACAAACUUAUUUCUGUAUACUCACCAACGAACGAUCGCGAACGAAACCGCCUUGAUUCUUGCGAAAUAUAUGCGAUCAAUAUGCGUGGCGCGCUGAGGUGUAGGGCCACUGCUCGCCAUCCUCGAUUGUUACGACUAUCGGCGGAUGGCGGUAGAUUUUCGAGGACGCUUCGGACGAGCGCAACAUCACAGGGCUUGAGGACAGGCUUAUAUUGCCGACAAACACAACAAGCACUUACGAUUCAAGGCGCAAACUUAUCGACGUCAUGUUUUAACCGAUCGCGGUCGAUGGCAACAGUAGUCGAUGCUGAACCUAUACACGGCGGAGGUCCAAUUCCAGAAUAUGACAGAAGAGUACAGGCGGGCAUACUGCGAAACGAUGAACACCAAAGAGGGAUCAUACAGAAUUUCCAAAACUUAUAUCAUGAGUUGGAGAAAUAUGAUGCACCGCCAGUCCAGCACCCCAGCAUCGAAUCCCUCAAGCCCACGAAGAAGUCAAUAUUCUCGUCGCUCUUCGGCGCAGGCGGCAGCAGGUCGGCUACUGGGGAUAUACCUAACGAUCUUCCGAGGGGCCUGUAUCUCUAUGGUGACGUGGGUUGUGGCAAGACCAUGUUGAUGGAUCUGUUAUAUGAAACUCUGCCUCCAUCUGUUAAGUCAAAAAGUCGAAUUCAUUUCAACAACUUCAUGCAAGAUGUACACAAGAGACUUCAUAGAUUCAAAAUGGAGCACGGAAACGACAUUGACGGAGUACCAUAUAUCGCGGCCGACAUUGCUCAACAGGCAAAUGUGCUCUGUUUCGACGAGUUCCAGUGCACGGAUGUAGCAGAUGCAAUGAUUUUGAGACGACUACUUGAAUCUCUCAUGGCAAACGGUGUAGUCCUUGUAACAACUUCCAACAGACACCCCGACGAGCUGUACAAGAACGGUGUCCAGCGGGAGUCAUUCAUCCCCGCCAUCGAACUUCUCAAGAAUCGUUUGCAUGUCAUAAAUCUCGACUCGCCAACCGAUUACCGAAAGAUCCCUCGACCUCCAUCUGGUGUGUACCACACUUCACUCGACAGCCAUGCGCAUGCACACGCAGAGAAAUGGUUCCGAUUCCUCGGCGAUCCUGAACAGCCUGAACCUCGACCCGAGACGCAAAAGGUCUGGGGUCGUGAGAUUUAUGUUCCUCGAGUCAGCGGACGAGCGGCAUGGUUCACCUUUGACGAAUUGAUCCGACAACCAAAAUCUGCUGCUGAUUUCAUUGAGCUGGUUCGGGCUUAUGAGGCAUUCAUUGUAACCGAUAUUCCCGCAAUGAAUCAUCAGCAGCGAGAUCUCGCGCGACGCUUCAUCACAUUCAUCGAUGUUGUGUAUGAGGGCAACGCCAAGCUUGUCCUGACUACAGAAAAACCCCUUUCAGAUCUUUUUGUUUCCCGAGAUGAGAUCGCUGAAAGCCUCAUGAAGCAGGGCGUGAAGCAUGAGCACGCGGAGGAUGCUGCUGCCAACCAUGACCUGGUACACAGCGUUGACAAGCUCAAAGACUCAAAUCUCUUUGCCAGUUCUGAAGAGGCAUUCGCAUUCGCUCGUGCGCUUAGUCGACUGCGGCAUAUGGAGAGCAAAGAAUGGGUAGAAAGGGGAAUGGGUCUCGAAGCUCAAGGCGGAAAGUUGGAUAAGGAUAACUGGAUCAAGGCGAGAAGCCGUCAGAUGGAAGAUUCUAUGUGAAGAGGAAGAGACGAGGCUGGAUCUUGGGAGAAGCAUUAUAUACCCGGGGCAUUGACUCAGCAUAGCGAGCGUUUGCCUGCUCUUGUACUUAUAAUAACUGUAUGAUGACGCCUGUUGAAUUGAGCAGUUUGGAUUCACACAUGAGCAUAUUUGCUUUCUAUAUAUAGAGAUAUACGAUGAUGGCUGAAUAGAAAAUUUCGCGGAAGGUGACGAGUGUUUUUAUCGCUUCCUGGCAACUCCCC